GAUCAGUGUAUCUCUCUGGAAUCCUUUCCUUCUCUAUAUAUAUCUGCACCCGCGCACAGACAGCUCCAGACGCCUGAUCGGAAAGCAACGUUUCCCCAAUUCGACGCGUCGAAGGACCAUUACAAGUCAGAGACGAGCAUACUGCAUAUAGGCAUUCGGCUAGCUUGGCCACAGACUUGCUCGCUUGUGUAGCGUUCCAUCGAUCCAUCGGUUGGUUGAUCAUGGAGUGGAGGGACAGCUUCUUGGACUUGGUGCUGAUCCCGCUCAGCUUGCUCCUGCCCAUGGCGUACCACGUCUGGCUCUGGCGCGAGCUCCGCCUCCGCCCGCUGCGCACCGCCGUCGGUAUCAACUCCGCCACCCGCCGCCUCUGGGCCAUUGGCAUGAUGAAGGACAGCGCGAAGAACGCGGUGACGGUGGUGCAGUCGGUGCGGAACGUGAUCAUGGGGUCGACGCUGAUGGCGACGACGGCGAUCCUCUUCUGCACGGGCAUCGCGGCGGUGCUGAGCAGCACCUACACCAUCAAGAAGCCGCUCAGCGACACCGUCUUCGGCGCGCACGGCGAGUACAUGAUGGCGCUCAAGUACGUCGCGCUGCUGCUCCUCUUCCUCUUCUCCUUCCUCUGCCACUCCCUCGCCAUCUGCUUCCUCAACCAGGCCAGCUUCCUCAUCAACACCUCCGCCUCCCUCUUCGCCGCAGACGCCGAGUCCGGCAGCCUCGGCCUGCCGUCCACCAGGGACUACAUCAACGAGAUCCUGGAGCGCGGGUUCACCCUCAACUUCGUCGGCAACCGGCUGUUCUACGCCGGGGUGCCCCUCCUCCUCUGGAUCUUCGGCCCGCUCCUGGCCUUCGUGUCCUCCACGGUCAUGAUCCCGAUACUCUACAACCUCGACACCGUGAAUCUCAAAGGAGACAGCGGCUGCGUCAAUGGGAAAUCUGCAGAGAUGAUGAACGGGAGCGAGUGCAUGCAUGUCUCAAUCUGAUCAAACAAGCGAUCGAAGCUAGUAAGCUGCAGUUGUUCUGAACAAUUCGAUCACAAGUGGUUUCUUAUUUCUCUCGAUGCUUAAUCAUGUGUCAAAAAUGUGCCUAUAUAUGAUUCAGUAGACUACUGCCACAUUGGUGCAAUGCAUGCAUACACGCGAGUCAUACUACAGUGUGUGCGGGCUUUUCUUGUCAGAAGACAGCAACUGGCGAGCACGUAGAUUGGUAGUGCAUGUCGUCCUACCUAUCUUAGCUGAUGUACUAGGAAAACCUACCGUUGCAUGGAUGACAUGGAACCCAUGCAUGCAGUUGCUGCUGGUUAAUUUCAUUGUGAGUGCUGCUGGUUCUUGACAA